CCCCCGAACCCCCCGAGGCGGCACCGCCACCAACCGCCAAGCCCCGCGACGUCGCCGUCGACAUGACAGUGGAGUGGCGCUGCUAGCCCCGGGCUGCAGUGAGAGUGUGUGUGAGUGAGUGAGAGUGAUUCAGUGAUACCAGUGCAGCAUGUGCGCGUGACGCGGCCCAGCGGACGACGCCAGUGAAUAACUUUUCGGAUUGUCUCGCCAUUCGUCGCAUCGCCCGGCGUCGCCCCCAGCAGCGAAGUCGCCGAGCAAGAUGGGGCGGAGUUGGCGGGGGGGCACCCUAUUGGGGCUGCUCGCCACCCUGGCCACCCUAGCAGCCCUAGCCACGGCGGACGACAGCAACAAGCGGGUGGUGUGCUACUACACCAACUGGUCCGUGUACCGGCCCGGCACCGCCAAGUUCAGCCCGCAGAACAUCAACCCCUACCUGUGCACCCACCUCAUCUACGCCUUCGGCGGCCUCACCCGCGAGAACGGCAUCCGCGCCUACGACAAGUACCAGGACAUUGAGCAAGGCGGCUACGCCAAGUUCACGGGCCUCAAGAGCUACAACAAGCAGCUCAAGACGAUGCUGGCCAUCGGCGGCUGGAACGAGGGCUCGGCGCGCUUCUCCCCCAUGGUGGCCGACCCGGAGCGGCGCGCCGAGUUCGUGAAGAACGCCGUGCGCUUCCUGCGCACCAACCACUUCGACGGCCUGGACCUGGACUGGGAGUACCCCGCGUACCGCGACGGCGGCAAGCCCGCCGACCGCGACAACUACGCCGCCCUGGUGCAGGAGCUGCGCGAGGAGUUCGACAAGGAGGCCAAGAAGACGGGCCGGCCGCGCCUGCUGCUCACCAUGGCCGUGCCCGCCGGCAUCGAGUACAUCGACAAGGGCUACGACGUGCCGCGCCUCAACAAGUACCUGGACUUCAUGAACAUCCUCAGCUACGACUACCACUCCGCCUUCGAGUCGGCCGUCAACCACCACUCGCCGCUGUACCCGAUCGGCGAGGACGACGAGUACAACUUCGAGGCGGCCCUCAGCAUUGACUACACCAUCAAGCACUACUUGAAGAUGGGCGCCUCGCGCGACAAGCUGGUGCUGGGCAUCCCGACGUACGGCCGCUCCUACACGCUGUUCAACCCCGACGCCUCCGAGCUGGGGGCGCCGUCCGACGGGCCGGGCGAGCAGGGCGACGCCACCAGGGAGAAGGGCUACCUGGCCUACUACGAGAUUUGUGAGGCGGAAGGCUGGGAGGUGCAGAAGCCGCACCCGAAAGCCAUGGGCCCCUACGCCGUCAAGGGGAACCAGUGGGUCGGCUACGACGACAUGGAGAUCGUCAAGCUCAAGGCCGAGUACGUGAACGAGAAGGGGCUUGGAGGCAUCAUGUUCUGGUCCAUCGACAACGACGACUUCAGGGGCAAGUGUCACAGCCGGCCCUACCCCCUCAUCGAGGCGGCCAAGGAGGCUCUGUUGGACGUCAAGUCGGGCAACGAGAAGAACCUGAUCUCCUCCAAGACGAGCAAGAACAAGUCCGGGCACCGCGCGAGCGACAGCAGCGCGGCGCGCAGCGAGAGCAGCAGCAGCAGCACGCCGCGGCGCACCAACAAGCUCAAGACCAAGGCCCCCGCCAGCACCAGGAGGACCACGGCCGCCACCACGCCCUCCACCACCUCCACCACGGGCCACGGGCUCACCACCCCCGAGCCGCCCUCCACGCCGGACCCAGGCAGCGACUUCGUCUGCAAGGACGAGGGCUUCUUCCCCCACCCCCGCGACUGCAAGAAGUACUUCUGGUGCCUGGACAGCGGGCCCUCCAACCUCGGCAUCGUGGCGCACCAGUUCACGUGCCCGUCCGGCCUGUUCUUCAACAAGGCGGCAGACUCGUGCGACUACGCGCGCAACGUGAUCUGCUCCAAGAAGGCCGCCGCCCCGGCCACCACCGCGACCGCGUCCACCACGGCCGCCACGCCGGCCGUCAGCGUCGGACGCAUCACCACCUCCACGACCACCACGACCACCACCACCGAGGCGCCCUUCGAAGAGGAGGAAGAGGAGGAGGAGGAGGUGGACGACGUGGAAGACGGUGGCCAGGAAGACCCCGAGGCGCUCAAGGAGCUCCUCAACCUCAUCAAGAAGCUCGGUGGAGUCGAGGAGCUCGAGAAGCAGCUUCGCGGCGGCAGCAGCAGCGGCGCCGUCGAGUCCCCCGCGGCCAGCCCCAGCAGCGGUACCACCAACAACCACCUCAACAGGAACAGGAGCUUGGUGGAGCGCGUGCUGCAGGGCCGCAGCCGCCACGCCGCCACGCUGUCCACGUCGUCGGCCUCGGACGCCACCACGCCGAGGUACAAGUCGCUCUUCAGGAACGGGCCCUCGCGGCCGCAGAACGACGGCCUGCAGGACGCCAAGGACCCCCAGAAGGACAGGGAGCGGCCCAAGUACGUCAGCAUCCGCCGAGAGAGACCCACUGUCGCCGCCGAGCUGGAGGAGGCCGUCCAGAACGAGCCCGAGGAGACGGCGGUGGAGGCGCGCACGCGCAGCCGCUACGACAAGCCCGCCAAGCGGGAGGAGGACCAGGGUGACGACGACGAGGAGGUGGUGCAGGACGAGAGGCGCCCCGCCAAGCCUGCCACACCCGAGUACAUCACCCUGCGCAGGAACAGGCCCAGCGACGAGCCCGCCGUCACCACCUCGCGCUACGUGACGCUGCAGAGGGGGCGGCCGUCCUCCACGACCGAGGCGGCGGCCCUGUCCUCGCAGGACGAGGAGGACGACGAUGAGGAGGUAGAGUCCACGUCCUCUGAGGAGGACGUGGGCGCCGUGGCCGUGGUGACGCCGUCGCCGUCCGUGGCGCCCUACAGGGAGGGCCCCGUGUACCGGCCCACCCCGCUGCGGACGACGCGGCCCGCCGAGGACGAAGAGGAGACCGCCGCCACGACCUCCCCGACCACGACCACCACCGCGACCCCAAAGGUGUCUGCCGAGAGAGUGUCCCUGAGGCGGCCCGGCGGCUUCCUGAACCACGGCAGCCGCGGCCGCCGGCCCACCACGCAGGCCCCCGCCACGACCACCACCACGGCGGCGCCCAGGCGCACCCCGCCCAGGGUGAUCCGCAGACGGAAGCCCGCCGCCACCACGGCCAGCCCCAUCGACUCGGACGGCGCGGCGCAGACCUCGGCGCCCUCCAGGGAGUCCGUCGUCAACAGAGGACAGAGUGCCGCUGCCGCCCAGCGGCGAAGGAAGUUCCGGCCCGACGUCAAGACGACGACGUACUCGUACGAGGAGGCCACCGCCACCACUCUCUCAGAGGCAACGACGGAGCGAGGCCGCUUCUCGUUCCCGAGGCGGCGGCCGACGGGCAAGUCCGCCGAGGCCGGCAGUGCC